GCGCGGGUCCCCGGAAGAACCCGCAGCAGCUCCCAGGAUGAGCUGGUGGCAGUGGCUGCUGCUGCUGCGGGGCCGCUGAGAGGACACGAGCUCUAUGCCUUUCCGGCUGCUCAUCUCGCUUGGCCUCCUGUGCGCGCUGCUGCCCCUGCACCAUGGUGCGCCAGGUCCCGACGGCUCCGCGCCAGAUCCCGCCCACUACAGGGAGCGAGUCAAGGCCAUGUUCUACCACGCCUACGACAGCUACCUGGAGAAUGCCUUUCCCUUCGAUGAGCUACGACCUCUCACCUGUGACGGGCACGACACCUGGGGCAGAUGGAGUUUGUUGUUUCCCAGGCUGGCGUGCAAUGGUGUGAUUGCAACCUCCGCCUUCUGGCUUCAAGCGAUUCUCCUGCCUCAGCCUCCCAGUUUUUCUCUGACUCUCAUUGACGCACUGGACACCUUGCUGAUUUUGGGGAAUGUCUCAGAAUUCCAAAGAGUGGUUGAAGUGCUCCAGGACAACGUGGACUUUGAUAUUGAUGUGAACGCCUCUGUGUUUGAAACCAACAUUCGAGUGGUAGGAGGACUCCUGUCUGCUCAUCUGCUCUCCAAGAAGGCUGGGGUGGAAGUAGAGGCUGGAUGGCCCUGUUCCGGGCCUCUCCUGAGAAUGGCUGAGGAGGCAGCCCGAAAACUCCUCCCAGCCUUUCAGACCCCCACUGGCAUGCCAUAUGGAACGGUGAACUUACUUCAUGGCGUGAACCCAGGAGAGACCCCUGUCACCUGUACGGCAGGGAUUGGGACCUUCAUUGUUGAAUUUGCCACCCUGAGCAGCCUCACUGGUGACCCGGUGUUUGAAGAUGUGGCCAGAGUGGCUUUGAUGCGCCUCUGGGAGAGCCGGUCAGAUAUCGGGCUGGUCGGCAACCACAUUGAUGUGCUCACUGGCAAGUGGGUGGCCCAGGACGCAGGCAUUGGGGCUGGCGUGGACUCCUACUUUGAGUACUUGGUGAAAGGAGCCAUCCUGCUUCAGGAUAAGAAGCUCAUGGCCAUGUUCCUAGAGUAUAACAAAGCCAUCCGGAACUACACCCGCUUCGAUGACUGGUACCUUUGGGUGCAGAUGUACAAGGGGACUGUGUCCAUGCCAGUCUUCCAGUCCUUGGAGGCCUACUGGCCUGGUCUUCAGAGCCUCAUUGGAGACAUUGACAAUGCCAUGAGGACCUUCCUCAACUACUACACCGUAUGGAAGCAGUUUGGGGGGCUCCCGGAAUUCUACAACAUUCCUCAGGGAUACACAGUGGAGAAGCGAGAGGGCUACCCACUUCGGCCAGAACUUAUUGAAAGCGCAAUGUACCUCUACCGUGCCACGGGGGAUCCCACUCUCCUAGAACUCGGAAGAGAUGCUGUGGAAUCCAUUGAAAAAAUCAGCAAGGUGGAGUGCGGAUUUGCAACAAUCAAAGAUCUGCGAGACCACAAGCUGGACAACCGCAUGGAGUCAUUCUUCCUGGCCGAGACUGUGAAAUACCUCUACCUCCUGUUUGACCCAACCAACUUCAUCCACAAUAAUGGGUCCACCUUUGACACGGUGAUCACUCCCUAUGGGGAGUGCAUCCUGGGGGCUGGGGGGUACAUCUUCAACACAGAAGCUCACCCCAUCGACCCUGCUGCCCUGCACUGCUGCCAGAGGCUGAAGGAAGAGCAGUGGGAGGUGGAGGACUUAAUGAGGGAAUUCUACUCUCUCAAACGCAACAGGUCGAAAUUUCAGAAAAAGACUAUGAGUUCGGGGCCAUGGGAACCCCCAACAAGGCCAGGAAUACUCCUCUCACCUGAAAACCAUGACCAGGCAAGGGAGAGGAAGCCUGCCAAACAGAAGGUCCCCCUUCUCAGCUGCCCCAGUCAGCCCUUCACCUCCAAGUUGGCAUUACUGGGACAGGUUUUCCUUGACUCCUCAUAACCACUGGAUAAUUUUUUAAUUUUUAUUUUUUUGAGACUAAACUAUAAUAAAUUGCUUUUGGGUAUCAU